AUGUCGUCACAGUACUUGAGAAGUUCCACUUCGUCAAAUAUAGACAAUGAUGACAGUACAGAUAAUGAUGGCCAAAUAGCACGUACACUCCAUGAAAGUUACUUAUUAGCUAGUAAUAAUGGACAAAAAGAAAUUAUUCGUGAUAUACCAAAACAGCAGUCGGCAUCAUUACAGAAGAAAGUCAAUAUUAGUUUGAACGAUUUUAGAAAAGUACUCAAUAAUAUUGUAACGUCUUCUGUUGAACGCGGACCAUUAUCGAAUGAAUUAUGUAGUGAAAUGACAGUGACAAAAAUGGCAUCCUCAGAAGUACAUGUACAAAUGAAUGACGAUGCUGAAGUAGCAUUGAUUGAACAAAUACUAGAGAUAGCCAAAUGGGAGCAAAUGAACAAUGGAAAAGGAGUUAGUUCUGAUCAACUCUUGCAAACAGCACACGACAAAAUUUCAGUAGCAUUGACACCUGAAACAAAUAUUUUAAGCAAAAUAUCCACGGUGAUUACUACAAUUUUUCAGCGAUAUAAAAAUUUUCAAAUCCAAAAUAAAGAUUUGAUUGAUAAAACAUCGCAGUUUACAAAAAGGAUUGGUCCAGUCCUUUUAACAUUAACUGUCAGAGGCAGACGAGGAACACCAUCAGUAUUAGGUCAAAAUCCACUUGUAUUAUUAUCAGGGAUGGUGCUAUGUCUUAUGAGAAGAGAACUUACACUGGAAGACGGACAGGAAAUAUUACAAUCAAUUGGAAACAUGUGGUCUGGAUCGGCCGUAUGGUAUGAAUUUUUUGAAUCAUUAUUAUAUUUACUUUUGGCUGCAACAAUGCCAUGGUUGGGCCAACAAGCAAUGCAAAGAUUCAUGAAAAAGAUCGAAUGUUAUACAACAACAACACAGGAUGCAAUUGUCAACAAAUAA